AUGGUCCUUUCCAUUAAUAUGCAGGCAUGGUCCCCUGGGCCUUACGUUCCAUACGCAAUGCUUACAAAGAUGGACAUGACUGGCCUGAUCGUAAAUGUCGAACCAAUGCGAUUUCCCAUUCCAUCGCAUGUCGCAGGAAAACAAGGUUUAAGCAUAAAUUUCAGGAAGUCGUGCUUAGCAGGGGUGAAAGUUGAAGAAGAUAAACUAAAACAGCUAGCUCGUUUGGGUGGUUGUUCUGUGUCUGCAUUGCCAUUUAAAUAUUUGGGAAUUCCGUUAGGUGCAGAUCCCAGAAGAAUUUCGACGUGGGAACCUGUUAUUGAAAAGUUUAAAGCUAAAUUGGUGGGCUGGAAAAGCAGGACGCUAUCUUUUGUUGGGCGAGUGGUUCUCAUUAAUUCAGUGUUGUUAAUGUUGUCGUUAUUUUAUAUGUCGAUAUUCCAUGUUCCAAAAGCAGUUGUAUCAAAAAUUGAUAAGAUUAUAAGAGGUUUUUUAUGGGGUUAUGAUGGAAACAAAAAUAGAUUGCCAAGGGUGAAUUGGGGUAGAUUGUGUUGUCCGAAAAAGAAAGGUGGGGCUGGAAUAAUCAAUCUAAAGGCAAAGAAUAUGGUGUUACUUGCUAAGUCGGGUUGGAGAUUUGUAACUGAAAGAGGGGCAUUAUGGAGGUCAGUAAUUAGUCACAAAUAUGGCUCAGGUGAUCUGCCUUGGUUGGUUAGUCUUGGAGAUAUUAAGAAAGCUUCGAUAACAUGGAGAGAGAUCGUGAAUACUUUGUCUAGUGAAUGUACAACUAAAUGGAUAAGUGGAGAAUCAUUCAGGUGGGUAGUGGGUGAUGGGAAAUCAUUAUUAUUUUGGGAGGAUGUAUGGUUUGGGGAAAGUGCUUUAAGAUCAAGAUAUCCUCGUAUUUACAGGUUAGUGUUGAGGAAGUAUAUUACGGUGUGUGAUAUGAUUUCUGCAGGUGAAUGGCAAAACUUAGAUACAACAGCUUUGUUCGAGCGACAAUUGCUUGUCAGGGAAUUAACUACUAUUCGAAUUAUAAAACGUGAAGUGGAUGAUGUGAGUUUUAAUUCAUCUGUGGUUGAUCGGAUUGUAUGGGUGCAUGAGACUGAUGGCUUAUUUAAGGUUAAGAAAUUGACUGAGUUGCUCCUCAGUGACGGGUAUUUUGAAGAUGUAUGUGGUGGCAUAUUCCAGGCUUUAAUUUGCAGACAAUGGAAGAAAUUUUUUGAGUUUUGUUUUCAGUUUAGAUGGUCAAAAUCUAUAGCAUUGGCUUGGUUUGUAAGCUUUGCAGCGGCGUUAUGGAGCCUAUGGCUGGCGAGGAAUGAUCUAGUUUUUAAGAGUAAAAACACGAAACUCAAAGACCUGCUUGUAUAUGUGAAGAUGCGAGCUUAUGCUUGGUGUAAGGCGUUGAAGGUUUUUAGUGUUUUAGACGAGAAACGUUGGUGGGAUUGGCCAGGGGAGUCAGCGGGUCUAAGCGUACAGCAACGUCCCAAGUCUGUCUGGAAGCCGCCAGUGUCGGGCCAGAUGAAGUUCAAUGUGGAUGGCUCAGCAACGAAUAAGUCAGCAUGGUGUGGGGGAGUCUUGAGGACUGUAGAAGGCUAUGUAGUAGCAAUGUUUUUUGGGCCGGUAACAGAGGUCAAUCCAGAUUUUGCGGAGCUUGUAGCUAUCAAAAUUGCAUUAGACGUGUUUGUUGAAUCUUGCUGGUGUGGGAAGACUGGUUUGAUCAUCGAAUCUGAUUCUAAGGUAGUACUGAACUAG